AGCUCGGACCGGGUUCGGGGCGCUGGGAUGCGGAGCUUUCAGUGGCUACCCGAGCCCCUGGGCAUUAGAGUCAACCAAGUGGGGCACGGCCCUGGAGCGCGGCGCUGCGGUCUCUACCUGUGUCUGAGGAGGACGGCGGGAGCGGCGGCCCACCUGAGUGCGCUGGGGCUGAGCAUCUACGUGGGAGUGCUGAGCCGCCUGGGAACCAGUCAUUUCUCGUGGCACCCAGCCUGCAUGGCUGUAGCAGUCUGCUUUUGUAUGACUGAAGCCAUUCUGACCUUCUCAGUGGACAGCUCCCCAUUUUUUUGUUGCUCAAUUAAAGCCAAAGUGCGACUUCACUGGAUGAUGCAAGUCCUUGCUGUGAUCAUUGGUUCCAUUGGCCUCAUUUUCAUUGUUUCCAGCAAGAACAUCUCCGAGUCCCCACACCUUACCUCUUGGCACAGCAUUCUUGGAACCGGGACUGCGAUUGCUGUUUGUGGUCAGUUGUUGUGUGGCCUCUGCCUUUUGUUUCCAAAGUUGAUCGAUACCUACUCAGUGACCAGGCUGCGACUUUACCAUGCCACCUGCGGUCUAGUGGCUUAUCUGAUGGGGACGGCUACAGUAAUGCUGGGCUUGUGCUCUGAUUGGUUCAAAGCCCAGGUUAACGUGAUUUUGUGGUACUCAUGCUUAAUUAUUCCGUUGAUUCCAGCUCUCGUUAUUAUGAACCAGAUCAAUAAUGGUUACUUGUCCAAGAAGAAAAUAGUGAUUUAAUGUUGGAUCAACAUCAACAUUGUGCUCAUAGCACAACAAUCUCAAUAAUGUGUCCAGAAAGGAUGGGCUUGAGAGAUGAACUUGGAGCUAAUUCUAUGAUUGGUUUGGGCAAAUACUGAGCAAAACUGACUACAAGAAACCUUUUAGUAUUCCUUUUUCCUUCACCUCCUCCAAAUCAUGUCCACAUCUAUACCAACAAAUUAAUGAUUCUUUUUCAACAUUGUCCAAUCUCUAUUCCUGCUUCCUGUGGGCUGUCAUUCGUCCUUUUUACAGAUGGUGCCAGACUUUGUCUGGAGUUCUGUAGUUUGGUGAAUGCAGGGCAGAGAGUAAACAUAUGGCCAUGCUGUCUCCAGCUCGGUCAUGAGUGGACUGUCCAAGCAGGAAGAAGAUACUUAAAAUCAUUAAAAAUGCAUAUAUAGCUUUAAAACAUUUAUUUUUAUAUUUCUAAAUCCUUUUAGCACCAAUGAUGGAAAUACUUCUGUAUAAAUCAUAAUCAAUAUGAUCCAAAGAUGUAUUAUUUAAGCAAUGAUGUCUAUGUCAAUAUUUUUAUGUUUACACCACCUAAUGGUUCUGUGUUGUAUUCAUUAUAGGCAUCAUGUGAGACACUGCCCCCCCAAAUUCUUGGUCUUUUUCUCUUGUUCUAUAAUUGAAUCCUUAAAUACAGACUCUGGAAAUAUUGUUCUAAUAUUUGUCUCUGUGUAGUAAGGUGUGCAAUAUCUUUAGGGUGACAUUGUAGGAUCUUUAUACAUUUUCAUGCUGAACAAAUGUUGCUGAUUGGCGUGAAUUUGUAAAUUUUAAAGUAUUUUGGGAUCUUCAAGAUUUUUAAUAGUAGAACCCAUGACUAUAAUGAAACUAGUUAAAUUGUAUCUUUUAUUUUAGUGCAAAGAAUGUAAGAUCAAGAAUCUAAUAGAGGUUACCUUAUUUGAGGGCUGAAUGACCUGAUGUGAGCUAUAAAAUAGCUUUGCAAAUAUAUUCCCACUACAUUAUCUGCUGGGAUGCUAAAGGCUGAAAUCCUCAGGUUGUUUGUGUAGAAUAACAGGUAGCUAAAUAUGUCAGAGGCGAAAUUGUUCAGCUUAAAUCUUAUGUAAGCUGGUCAAAUACGCCAGUGGCUACGCAAAAUUAUUUUAUGCUAAAAUUUUAUCAAGUUUUAUAAUAGAUGUAACAUUCAAGUGCUGCUAAUAUAUUUGGAAUUUGGAUUAAUCGACUACUGCUUGCUUGUUUCUGGUUCAAAUUACCCUUGUACUGAGAGUGAGUGUGGUGAUGAACUCAAAACAGCUUCAGCCAUUAUUAUGACACAAUUUAGCCCCAAUUUCACUUUACUAAUUGCUGGUCUGAAAAGUGGCGGCAAUUCCUUUGUUCAGUAAGGAAUACAUUUUUGGGAACUUGUUUGAAAGCCCUAACAUCUGAUUCCUCCUCAGAAGUGUUCUUCAUUGUUUUCUUUAUGAUGCAAACCUUUGAACUGAGCAGCUUGAGUGUAUUUGAUAUAUGUGCCCUAAGUCAAAUCAUUUUUCUUUUUUUUCCAACAAUGAUGCUCUUGAAUGACUAAAAUAUUCCUGAAAAAUGAAAACUUGUUAUUGGGUGCAAUUUUUUUUUUCUCUACCAUCUAUUUCUAUUGAAUAUUUCACUUUAAAUGUUAGUGGACUUUUGCUAAAGUCACCAUUGGUGAUGCAGUGAAUCAAAAUCAAAUUGUAGGCUAAAGUUGAAAUAUUCAGUGGUUUGCACUACAGUUGGAUUGAGCACUUCUGGCAUGUUUAACCAGUUCAUUUAGAGAAGGUUGCUCUGUGAAGGGACAUCGAUUUUCUGAAAAGAAGAUUAAUUAUUUUGCACUACCUGGUUUCUGACAUUAGAUGUCACUGUUUCACAGUAUUUUAAACAUACCAGGCAUAUGAAUUACAGGAUGUCAUAUGGAGCUUUGUGUAUUAUCUGUGAAUUUUCCUUGCACUUGGCAUAAUUUUAAUUUUUGACUGUAAUAACAUUGUAACCCUUUAUCAUGCAUGAUAAAAAUCACAUUGGGUAUGACAAUAAUGUGCACUGUAAAAUUGAACAGUAAUUUUGUUGAGCAAAAGUUGCUGUAUGUGGGUGUUAAAUCUUUCAGAUACAGCAAUACUUUUGUCAGAAUCUUUGAUGUUCUUGGUGAUCUCAAGGCCAUGUGACAUGCCUAGUAUAGUACUUGUGAAGGGACCUCAAAUUUGUACGUGUACAACAGGGCAGUUGGUAUCUGAAGGCAAGUGUUGAAGUUAUAUCAUUACCAAAACAUGUUUUCUGCCAAUAUUUGAAUUGCACACAUUGUGGUUUCCAUGCUGUUGAUGAAUUCAUUUUAAAUUUAGUGUCUUAAACUGAGGCAACAAACAAAGGGAAAUUGUGUGUAUGUAUAAUGGAAUCAAGGUAUAUGUGUAUAGUAUAUGAAUGUAAGAUAUCAUAAAGCCAGAUGAUUCACUUCUAAUCAUCUGCCUUGAAGUACAUAUCAGAUGAUGGUUGUCAAGAAGGGUUCAAUGAGUCUUGGUACAUAAAUAUAAGUUUUAUAUUAUAUUGCUUCACCACUAAGGUCUGUAGUGUGAACUAAUGUUUUCAUUUUUACUUUGGCUUACUGAUUAAUUACGUGAUUUCCAUCAUUUAAGAAAUGGGGUGCCACAGUAGUGUAGCAGUGAGCACGAAGCUAUUACAGGUUGGGGUGUCGGAGUUCAGAGUUCAGAUCCGGCAUCCUCUGUAAGAAGUUUGUAUGGACUUCCCGUGAGUGUGUGGGUUUCCUCCAGGUGCUUCGGUUUCCUCUCACAGUCCAAAGAUGUAGCUGUUAGCAGGUUAAUUGAUCAGUGUAAAUUCUCCUGUGAUUAGUCUAGGAUUAAAUAGGUGGGUUGCCGAGAGGUGCAGCUCAUUGAGUUGGAAGGGCCUGUUCUGUGCUGCAUCGCUAAAUAAAAAUAAAUAAAUAUAGUUUCUGUCACUUCUGAGACUAAACCAAAAGCUGAGAAGUGAUAACUUGAUAGAAAAGUCUUCUGUAUGUUAUUUAUGAAGUGUGCUGGUGCUGGGUUGUUGCAGGACAAUUGUGAGAUUUGUAGUUCAUUUUAUGUGUUGGUUCUUGUUGAGAAAGAAAUAGAGGAAAUCAAGAGUUCCUCAAAUAAUGCCACAGCACUACUCUUGAGAGCUAGUAUGUCGGUUUGAUACUUCACUUCAUUAACCUGAAGGUUAUGGAUGAGGAAGUUUGCAUUAUUUAUCUAGAAUGACCUGUACCACUUCCACACUUUCUGACCUGUAUGCUAAAAUUGCUACCAUCACCACUGCAAACAUUAUACCUAACUGCUUUGUAAAUGGCUAUCAGGCUUUCAGCUAUACAACUUUAUUUUGGAGUCUAUUCACACAAAAAGAAAAUGAUAUACAGUGGAUUCUGCUUAAUUGGGUUUUGGCUCAUUUUAGCUCAGUUAGCCAAAGUUUCAUGGAAAUAGUUGAAAAUGUGUAACAAAGCCAAACUACCAUUUAACUGAGUAACAAAUUAGGUAUUUAAAUGAAAUGCCAAACAAUGCCAAAACUACUUUGGUACGCUAAAACUGUAUUAGUUCCUAAUAGUUAUCAAUGGAGGAAUUCAUUCUGUAUACGCUGACAUGCUCUUUUGAUCGACUAUAAAUAAAAUCAGUGUAAACACCUAGUGCAGAUAAUGGACUGCCUUCAAACAGUACUUUGGACAAUUGCAUCCACCAAAUCUUUAUUUUAAUUGUAUCAUUCAAGACUGUCAUUACCUUCAAAUUCUUAGUAGUUCCUAACUUUUUGAAGUAGUGAAAUUGUUUCAUUUCACUCCCAGUCGUUUCUGGUAUCUCCAAGACUGAAUGCUUGAAAUCGCAGUGAGCAAAACGCUUCUGAAUUGUCUUGCUGUUUAUUGCUUGUCAACUAUCAGUGAUAAAAAUCACUGCCUUUUGAAUGUAAACACUUGUAGUGUUGAAUAGCCACACAAUGGGUGAUGCUAGUUAGAAAAUGUUUGACAACAGUCUUCUGCCCCAAUUUAAGCAGUAUAGCGUUCCAAAUAAAUGAAGGGAAUCCCAGCUAUUUUCUCGAUUAUUUUUUGUUCUUUUAAGAGUUGUCGCAAAUAAGUGGCAGCCCUGAUUAGCUGAUGGCCCAAUUAACCAAAAUCUACUGUAUUUUAAAUAUUAAUACAAAAUAUAAAUUCUCCCCUCUGGAACCCAUUGAGCUCCCUGAUAAUUCAAAAUGUAUUUGAUUUAGCAAUGAGUCAAUCAGUUCAUAUGACUUAUUCUAUUUUAAUCUCCCCUCUGAAAUUAAAAAUCAAAAAUAUUUAAAAUUUGCGAAGUUCUGCUAUACCAGCCAUCUGUUAGUGCCUAUAUGAAGCACUGGCUGAGCUGCACCAAGUGAGGUAAUAGUUCAAUCCAUGGUCUGUGAAGAGUCAGCUUUUCCUUGACUAGAUUGGCUAUUUGAAGCAGCAGCUAUCAGGUCAGGACUUGAAAUCAUUGUUCAUUUGAUCCUUAAGGAAAUGUACAUGUUUUACCUAUAGAUAGAACGAAUACCAGCUGUGAUGCUGCUUAUGAUUGAAUAGUCUGUCAGGGACUGUCAUGAUCAGUUGUGAGAGCUCUGAGAGAAAUAAAAGCUGCACAUGCACAAAGCUGUUUUGUCUGAAUGAUCUUGAAGCAGGAGAAAGGCAUCCCAAGCACUAUUUCAAUAUUUGAAGUUUUGGCUACACCAAGAAACAUUUUACAUGUAAAGUAGCUGAAUCCAGCAAGUUUCUUCCCCAGAAAGGGCAUAGGUGCUAGGGAUCACUGGAUUGAAACACGUGUACUAGGUUUUAUGAAGGGGUAGGGUAAUCAGAAACCAUUUCUUAUUUGUAAAACAUAUGAGAUAUUUAAGUUCUAUUUACUGAACAUCUUUGCUGUUUUAACCAUACUGAGAGGGAAAGGUCUUUGAAGUGGUAGAAUGGUUUGUGGAGCCUGUUACUGAUUAAGGUUUGUAUAUUUAAAAGUAAGACAUUUCUCAAUUUACUGUAAUAGCUUGCAUAGGUAAAUUAGGCAGUGGUGCUGUGUGUUCUGAUGGAAGUAUGUUAUUUCACUGGAAGUAGCCAGAUAUUGGUUUGUUUUGCACCUUGUGGCGCAUUGGGCGGCAACCUUGCAGCUUCUUUAGCAUUAGAUAUGAGUUUCCCAAACGGUGCAGUACUUAGGGUAUGAGUUUUCUUGAAAGGUAAUGGGCUUGAAGCUGCUUUAGGAUGUGCAUAUUUAAUUAAAUUUAUGGUGAGAUUCUUUUCAAUUUCACCUUUUACAUAAAAUUGCAAUGAUUAUAUGUUAAUCACUAUCGAGCAACUUCUCUACUCUACAGCACAUUUCCAAAUACUUUCCAUAAAUGGGACAAGGAAUAAGUCACCCAGUGCCCUUCAUUGCAAGUGAAAAUGGAAAUGAUAUUUCAGGGUGAACUUCUGUGCUGAUUCAUUCAGCAGCUAUAAGAUUUCUUCAUUCUUUUUAGAUUCAGGUUACCUUUUGGUGUCUUCAAACAUUUAAUUUUAGCUGCUCCCUUUAUACCCUUUCAAAGUUGAUCAAUUACACCUAUACAUAGAUGAGUCCAGCAAAGGACCAGGCCCUUUGGCCCACAAUGUUGUGCUGACCCAACUAAAAAGCAAAUUUUUAAAAGAAAACCAAUCCCUCCUAUUGCACAAUAUUCACAUCCUUUCAUCUUCCUCACGUUCAUGUGCCCAUCUACGUGACUCUUAAAAGCCUCUAAUGUAUUUGCCUCUACCACUAUACCAGGCAGCUCAUUCCAGGCAUCCACAACUCGGAGUAAAAACUUACCUCUCACAUCCCCUUUGAACCUACCUCCUCUCGCCUUCAAUGCAUGCCCUCUGGUAUCAGACUUCAACCCUGCGAAAAAGAUGUUCCCUGUCUACUCUACCUUGCAUUUCAAAAAUGCCACAGUCCCUGCAAAGUCACAAUCGUCAUGCAGUUUACAGUUUUGGAGGUGAAAAGAAUAGAAGUGUUGAUCUUUUUGUAUUAUUUUUAACAGAGCACUCUGUAAAAACCAUUCGCUACUAAAUGCAUUUAUUUCAGGUUAAGAUGUAUAUUGCAUGAUGGUGGUUGUUUUUGUAUAGGUGUGUGGCUGCUGGUUGCCUACAAUCAGCCUGGAGGAAUCCUAGUUUAUUUUGGAGCUGUGCUUUAAUGAGAGAGCAACUUUUGAUUCUGACUGCAUGGGUCUACCCUCACUCCCAGUUACUUUUCAGUCUCUCCUGGCUUAAUUUAUUGGACUAUGGUUUUGUUUACAUUUCAGUUGUCUCCACUAUUGAAUACGUACUGUAUGUUCUCCUUUUCACAGACCAAGUGAAACUGGGUCUUUUUGACAUUUACAAAGGUGAAGGGCUUGAGGUAAAAGGCUGCAUGAUUUUAAUAAGUUCAGCCAUUCUAGAAUAGGAUCAACAAUGAAUGUAUUGUUGAUGAAUGUCUGUACAGUUUACACUCAAUUCGCCUGGAUUCAGCUUGACUCCUUUGCCCCCCCACCCCCACCCCACCUCUCUAAGGUGUAGAUGAAUGGGUCCAUGGCAGUGUUAAAUAGGAUCAGCGAUAAUGAUUUUAUUUAAUACUUAAUCCCCUUGCUUGAUCCUGAUGAAGGGUCCGGACCCAAAACAUUGACUGUUUAUUUCUUUCCAUAGAUGCUGCCUGACCUGCUGAGUUCCUCCAGCAUUUUGUGUGUGUUCUCUUGCUCGAUGUCCUUUCUGAUAUUAAUGGGGCAGUCUUUUUCUCAUUUAUGUCUGUCACAUAUUUGUAUCUGUGCACAAGAUCGGCAAAUUUUGGGGGGAGCUGCUUACAUCCGAGAGUUUUUACAGCACUUUAUGUCUUACAGAAUUUUAUGUUUUUGCCAGAUCUGUAAAAAUAAUUGUCAAUUCUUUAUGGAUUCUUUUGGACCUUGCAUAUAAUGUCUUCUAGUAUAGUAAUAUUCUUAUUGCACUCAGUGCCAAAAAAAAAUCUAAAAUUGAUGUUCACUUACUAAACCUCUUCAUUGGAAUUCCCAUGAAGAAGUAGACCCAAUAGUAAUAAACUGUUUGUUAUCAGUAUCUCCCAGCAACUCUCAAGUCCUCCAUUUUGGAAAUCAUGACAGCAUGACUUGUUUUCAGGGCACUUGGAAUGGCAACUCAGCCAUAGAAGAGUCUCAGAACGAAGUUUAAUCUUCCAGAGUGUAGAAGGGGUGUGUGAGUUAGGAAGUCAGAGGGCAUUAGUGUUCCUAUGAGCCUGACAGUUAUGGGUUUGGGAGGUGUUGGUGAGCAACAUUUUAAAGAAAUAAUGUACUAUGGCCAAGGUGUUACAGUGAUAGAGGAUGUGAAUGAAUAUGCAAGUGACUGCUUUGGCUAAAUAAUGCCAAGUUUUUUAAAAAUAUAUUAAGGUUUGCAGCCAGGAGCAAGAAUGCGCAGAGUCACAUGAUUGUGUUUAUGAGAAUGGAUGUGGAAACAGCAGUUUCAGCAAUAAAUCUUUUAAUUUAAAACGUUCCUUAAGCACCUUUGACCUAGGCUUCCCAAAUGAUUUUGAUUAGUAGGAUCCUCUGGAAUCAGUCACUCUGCCAAUCUGUGUACGGCCAAUGAGAGUGAGGUAUGGGCUAGCUAAUGUAUUUUAAUCUGACUGAACGAUGAAACUUGCUAUUGUGAACUAUAGUAGAUGUUUGGUGCUUUGUCAGAUGUCUGUGCUUCAGUGUUGUCAACUUGAGCAAGGACUAUUGUAGUAUUCAGAUUCAUUAAUUUAUACCAUGUACGUUGAAGCAUACAGUGAAAUGCUUCGUUAGUGUUAGCAGCCAACAGGGCCAGCCCGCAAGUGUCACCACACAUUCCGGUGCCAGCGUAGCAUAUUCACAACGUUUAGCAGGAGCAAUGUUCACUAGUAUUUUCAUAGAGACCAAAACCAUAAAGGUGAGCAGGCAACAGGGUCCAGAUUUGAUGAUGCAUCAUACUCUUGGCAUGUCAGCUUAGUCUCUAAGCAAGACUGCAGGUUCCAGUGCCCUCAGUGAACCACAGCUAGUCUUGUCUAGUUCCAACCUUCAUUUCAGGAGAGUGCGGCCACAGGAACUUCAAUUUUGCUUGCUUCACUUUAAAAUCCAUGGUAUAGAUAGAUACUUUUUUGAUCCCAAAGGAAAUUACAGUGUCACAGUAGCAUUGCAAGUGCACAGAUAUACAAAUAUUAGAAGAGAAGUAUUUUAAUGCAGCACGUGACCAAAAUGCAAGCUGGGUCCUGUUUUCAUUUUUCUUGGCACAAAAUAUUUAAAAUAGAAUUUUGCAUUAGCUUGGAUAUAAUGAAAGACAUGAUUACAUAUUUAGCCAUCUGUUGUAUUUACAAGAAUUACAGGUACAUCUGUGUGCAUAUUGAAUUUAUUUUUCUACUCAAAAUGUCCAUCCCAAAGUGCUUUUGAUUUAAAUAAUGUCCUUCUCAAUGCUGUCAAGUAUGCUCUGCAACUGCACCUGUUCUUCCAAUUGUAUUGUUGUGCAAUGUGACUUAUUAUAUCAAACCUCCACAUAACAUUUUAAAAUGAUAGCUAGUACACAGUUUCAUAUAAUUUAGGGCAUUUCUCAGUACACUAUGCUAAAAUGCACUGUAAAUUAAAAAAAUGUGCUGUUUUUUGGCACAAAGGACCUAUGUACAAUAAAUACUGUAUAUUGUUGAAGUGUUGGAUGAACUCUGAUCAGGAUCCCUUGCCUCUUAAGAUGGUAUGCUUUGCUCUCAGGUUUUUAAACUUGUUCAUGGAUUAUUGUAAUUCUAUUCUAUUUUAUUCCAAACUGUUAUGUCUUUUUGUUGUCAUACUAGCUUGAUGAAAAUGCAGUAAAUGUUCUAACAAAUGGAAUUGUGAUUAUCUAAACUGUGCUAUUUUAAUAAAAA